AUGUCUGAUGUGAUUAAACUAUGCGAAGCAGAAGAAUUAAAAGAAUUGUUUAUCAAAGAAUAUAAUGAAUAUUUAAAAUUGAUUAAGAAUGUAGAAUUGUAUUAUGAAAAGUUAGAAAUAAACUGGAAAAAAUUUCAUUUAUUUUAUCAACAGAAUAAAAAAGACCCUUUCGAAUAUCAUAAAGAAAAAAAUAAACAUAAUAAGAUAAAAAAAGUGCAGAAUAAAAAAAAAAAUAUAAACAUACAUUCUGAUUAUCAAUCCAUUGAAAAAUAUUUUAAAAUGAUUCAAAAAAAAGAAAUACAAAAUAAUUGUCAUUAUUAUAAAAAAUUUGAUUAUGACAAAGAUUCAUUUAUUUUAUUUACAUUAAAGAAGAAUGUUAACAAUGCAGUGGAAUUAUAUAUAAAUAUCAAUAUAGAAAAAUUAAAUAAAAUUAAAAAUUAUUUAUUAAAUUAUAUAAACGAUUUUUGUAAAAGACAAAUAAACCAAAUAAUUAAUCUUAUUAUCUUAUGUGAAAUAAAAUUAAAUAAUUUAUAUAUUAGUCAAAAAAAUCAUUUUACAAAUAAUAAUAUAAAAAUCAAACAUAUUCAUUUAAUUAAAAAUAUUAUUCAUUUUAAUCAACAAUUUAUUUUUGAAGUUACUAAGAAUUUAAUACCAUUCUUUACAAACUUUAAUAUAUUUUCAUCACCUGAUUAUUUUAAUUAUCAAUUUAAUUAUUUCAAUAAUUGUGUAGAAAUCAUGGGAGAAUAA